GUGAAGGAAGAGUGGGAUUUGUAAGCAGCUCUUCGAGUCUCAGUGCUGACGCACGACCGUUUGUACCCAGGAGUAAGAGAUCAGCUAAGAGUCCUAUUUCGGAUCAAACUUGUGUAAUUCAAAGAAAUGAUGUGCAGAAUAUUAACAGAUUACCUCCACAACCAAGUUCACCAUCUGGAAGAAAAUCUGCUGAUUUGCCCUCUAAAAUUAAAUUUGCCACUGCGCAGGAGGAGAAGCAUUUGAUUCAAAGCAAAGAGGGCCUUAAGGACAACACCAUAUGUCCUCAAAGAUAUCCAUCUUCUGGAAGACAGUCUGAUGACUUGCCUUUGAGUAAUGAAUAUGCUACAGUACACAAGAAGAGUUUGAUUCAAAGUAAUCAGGCUCACAACAGCACUGCCCGGCCCCAACCAUGUUCCUUACCGGUUAGCACUCCUGCUGGUUUACCUUCAAAAAGAAGCACGUCUGCCGAUAUACCUUCAAAAAGUAAAUCUGCCACUACCCAGGAGAGAGCUUCGAUUCAAAGUAAAGAGGACCCAAAGAGCAACAGCAUUCAAGGCCAACAAUCAAGUUUAACACCUUUAAGAAAGCCUGAUUUGCCUCUAAAAAGCGACCGUGCUCCUACGAACAAGAAAGUUCAGAUAUCUUCUGACCUUCAGCAACCUAGUUGUUCUUCCUCACACACCUUUCCAAAAGGACCUGACGUGGAAUUGCCUCAAAUUGUGCGAAAUUGGAGGACAGGACAAGUUGUUCCUGCUGUUAUUGCCAAAGUGUGGAAUCCUUCCUGUUUUGAAGUAAAUAUUGUUGACGAGUUUUCUGAAUUGCUUGAUAGGAUUCUGGAAGAGAUGAAUGAGUACUACAUCUCAAACAAAGUAAAUAUGUCCUCCAAGGUACAGGCAGCUCAGUUGUGUGGGCACUUCUGUGCCUGCUUUGAUGCUGAUGAAGGUGUUUGGUUUAGAGCUGAAAUUGAUGAGUGGUUCAUGGAUGAUUCUGUAACGCCAUUGAGAGUGUGGGCGGUGGACUAUGGCGGACUUUCAAGGGUUGAUUUGGGUAGUAUUCAACCCUUAUGUACCGAGUUAGCUUCUACAUCACCACGCCUUGUUACCCUUUGUACUAUGAGAAAUGUCCAGCCUCGUUCUGAAAAUAAUAUUUGGCCUCAAAUUCAUUUGGACAGAGUGAAACAGCUGCUACCUGAAGAGAAAGAGUUGUAUUUACGAAUUGAUGGGAAUCAAUCAGAAGAGUUUAUCUGGCCAGUAUCUGUAUUUACUGACAAGGAAUGUUCUUUGCAGAGCAUAAAUGAAAUUUUGGUUUCUGAAGGUUGUGCAUACUACAUAGGUUCUUCACUGGCAAAGGAUAACAUACCAAGGAAAAAUGAUCAAAUGUAUGAGGAAGCUGAUAAUCCAAUGGAGGAAGCUUAUGAAUUAGGAGGUAAUAAUUAUGAAAUAGAUGAUGAAGAUGCGUGUGUUGCUGUAAGUGGAUGGAAGCCCAAGGAAGAGGAGGGCAUUUGCUGGUUCUAUCAUAGAAAUGGCUAUUGCUAUAAGAAUUAUUGUGAAUUGAAGCAUGUGAGGCUAAACCCAGAUGGUAUAACCAUCGAGCAGCGCGAAAUGCAUACAUGUUCAUUCGAGGACAUACAAGACCUGCUCUCUCCUGGGAAAACAAUCAAGCUAGUAGUUACUAGAAUUUUAACUGUUAAUCAUUUCAUGGCUUCCAUCAAGUUUGAAAAAGGGUCAAUUAAAUCAAGGGAGACCCUUGCAUCAGUGCUCAAAAAUUUAAACUCAACUGAGAUGAAAAGGUCUCUGAAGACCUUUACUGAAUUUCCUGCUGAUGGAGAGAUUGUUUUAUUUAAGGAUAGUAAGACAAAAAUGUUUUACCGAGGGAGGAUUAUUACCUCCAGCCCUAACAAUGAUGAUCUUUAUCAAGUUUUAAAUGUUGACAAUGGUUACAUACGAGCAAUUCCUCUAGAAGACCUCAGGAGAGUAGACCCUGCAUUUCUUCAUCAUCCAUUCCAGGCAGUGGAGUGCUGGCUUGCAGAUGUAGCUCCAACUCAGACUGAUCGUGACUGGACAAAAUCCUGCAAUUCUGUUUUUGCUGAAAUGGUGCGCGACACGAAGUUGUCAGCCACUAUUAUAAGAUCGUCUCCUUGGGGAAUUGAGGUGAAUCUUCUAGACAAAGAUGGGAAUGACCUCGCCCUGAUGCUGAAAGAGAUGAAUAUCCUUAAAAGUUGUCCUAUGAGGCACCUUCCACUUCCUGGAUCACACCAGAUCCCUGGUUAAAUAAGUAUUAUUACCUAUCUGUAUUUUCUAUAUUUUUAUAUUUGUUGACAAAUCAUUUUUUAUUUCAUUUAAUCAAACUUUGCACUGUGACCUCCUGAGAACUUUUAUUUGUUUAAAUAGAAAUUAAGGCAAUAAACCUGAAAUACGUAAA